UCUCGGACAGGGCGGGCCUGGGGGACUGGCGGAGAGGCGGCGACAGCGCGGGCAAAGGCUUGGACUGCGGGGGUCAGGGUGCUGCAGCAAAAACCAGCUCAACUCCGCCGAUAUACGGUCUGGAGUGGGAGCCACCCGUGCAGGAGAGGGCGGGUCAAGGGGCGCAUUUCUUCUGCACUUUCCCUUUGCAUUCAGAUUGCUUAGCUGCGCUUUAGAGAAAAUUGCAUUAGCUCCGAAUUUGUCUAAGUGAGGAAACUGAGGCAGCGAAGUGGGAGGCGUUGCCAUCUGUUGGGCCACACAACAUGCUAAGGGGAGGCCAAGGACCAAGACCUCGAGGUGUGCGCUACUAGGCCCGCUUGGGUCAGUGGGCGCGGGGAGCAAGGGCCCCGCUGCGUUCCCUGCACCCCAUUGCUCCCCUCGGCGCUGCGGAAAGCUCACUGUAGGAGGAGCUCGGGACGCUGGGGAAUGGGGAGGAGCUAGGGCAGCCUCAGGAACGGGGACACAAUCCUCCCGGAUUAGAGGCAGAGCCCGCAAGGAGCCCCGACAGCCGGGCGGGCAGAGAACUCUGGGAGCAGCCUCAUGGAAGAGAAGCAGAUCUUGUGCGUGGGGCUAGUGGUGCUGGACAUCAUCAAUGUGGUGGACAAGUACCCGGAGGAGGACACCGACAGCAGGUGCUUGUCCCAGAGAUGGCAGCGUGGAGGCAACGCAUCCAACUCCUGCACGGUUCUCUCUCUGCUCGGAGCCCCCUGCGCCUUCAUGGGCUCACUGGCCCCGGGGCCUGUUGCCCAGUGAGUGGCAGGGGAGGCCUGCCCACGGGUCCAGGGGCGGUGGGGGAGCAGAAGGAAGGAAGUCUCAGCCCUGGAGGGGAGCAGGCUAUAAGAAAUGGCUAUGCACCCCUGCCUCUCCUGCGCCUUGUACAGCCUGUCAGCACGGUGAUUUUCAGUUCCCUCCUGGCUUCUCCUGCUUGCAGCCAGGUUCCCAGGGGCCCUGCCACAUAUCCUCCAGUCCCCAAACUCUUGUCAUACUGCGGCUCCCCCGGGUCACUCCACCCCGGCAGUUUUGUUCUGGAUGACCUCCGCCACUACUCCGUGGACCUACGCUACACGGUCUUUCAGACCACGGGCUCCAUUCCCAUCUCCACAGUCGUCAUCAGCGAGGCCACCGGUAGCCGUACCAUCCUCCACGCCUAUAGCUUCCUGGUGGCUGACUUCAGGCAGCGGGGCGUGGACGUGUCUCAGGUGGCCUGGCAGAGCAGGGGGGAGACCCCAUGCUCUUCCUGCAUCAUCAACAACUCCAAUGGCUCCCGCACCAUUUUGCUGUAUGACACGAACCUGCCAGAUGUGUCUGCUACGGAUUUUGAUAAAGUCGAUCUGACCCGGUUCAAGUGGAUCCACAUUGAGGGCCGGAACGCAUCAGAGCAGGUGAAGAUGCUGCAGCGGAUAGAAGAGCACAAUGCCAGGCAGUCUCCAGAGCAGAAGAUCCAGGUGUCGGUGGAGGUGGAGAAGCCCAGAGAGGAGCUGUUUCAGCUGUUUGGCUACGGAGAUGUGGUGUUUGUCAGCAAAGAUGUGGCCAAGCACUUUGGGUUCCAGUCAGCGGUGGAGGCCCUGAGGGGCUUGUACAGUCGUGUGAGGAAAGGGGCUGUGCUUAUCUGUGCCUGGGCUGAGGAGGGCGCUGAUGCCCUGGGCCCUGAAGGACGGCUGGUCCACUCGGAUGCCUUCCCACCACCCCGGGUGGUGGACACUCUGGGUGCCGGAGAUACCUUCAAUGCCUCGGUCAUCUUCAGCCUGUCCCAGGGGAAGAGCAUGCAGGAGGCCUUGAGGUUUGGCUGCCAGGUGGCUGGCAAGAAGUGCGGCCUGCAGGGCUUUGAUGGCAUCGUGUGAGUGCCCUGUGGCAGGUGCUGGCUCACGGCUCGCUCACCUUGCAGGCUGGCCUCACUGGCUGCCAUUGCCUUGUCCACUCAUCCAGCCUGGCAUCUGAGCUGCCCUGCCCUGUCCCCUGGACAGACGCAGGCUGUGGGAGGGCUCUGCCUGUGUCCUGACAUCUCUCACUGCAGAACAAAUAAAUCUUCCCCAGAGCCAGCUUC